AUGUACUCCGGGAACAGCAGCCGCGGCAGCCGCCUGCAGCCCACGCCGGGGGAGCAGGACUUGGAGCGGCGACGGCCGCAGGCGGCGGGGGACUCGGGGACGCCGUUCAGCGCCAGCACCUACCACCUGUUAGCCUUCCUUAUCGCCGCUAUCGGUUUCGUGGGCUUGUGCAACAACUUGCUGGUCCUGGUGCUUUAUACCAAGUUCAAGCGGCUCCGCACGCCCACCAACCUCUUCCUGGUGAACAUCAGCCUCAGCGACCUGCUGGUGUCGUUUUUCGGCGUCAGCUUCACUUUCCUCUCCUGCCUCAGAAAUCGGUGGGCCUGGGACGAAGCCGGCUGCAUGUGGGACGGCUUCAGCAACAGCCUCUUCGGAAUUGUUUCGCUUAUGACUCUCACUGUCUUGGCCUAUGAGCGGUACAUUAGAGUAGUGCAUGCAAGAGUGAUUGAUUUCUCGUGGUCUUGGAGGGCAAUCACAUAUAUCUGGCUUUAUUCCUUAGCCUGGACAGGAGCACCUCUUCUUGGCUGGAACCACUACACCUUGGAACUUCAUGGAUUAGGUUGUUCAGUGGACUGGAGUUCAAGAGAACCCAGUGAUACUUCCUUUGUCCUCUUUUUCUUUUUUGGUUGUCUAGUGAUACCACUUGGAAUCGUGGUCUACUGCUAUGGGCAUAUUCUUCACGCAGUACGAAUGUUUCAUUGUGUGGAAGACUUGCAAACUGUCCAUGUGAUCAAAAUCUUAAAAUAUGAGAAAAAAGUGGCUAAAAUGUGUUUUAUAAUGAUAACCACGUUUCUUAUUUGCUGGAUGCCGUAUGCUGUGGUUUCACUUUUAAUAGCCUAUGGUUAUGCUCACCUUAUAACUCCAACAGUGGCUAUUAUCCCGUCUUUCUUUGCCAAAUCAAACACUGCCUACAACCCAGUUAUCUUUAUUUUCAUGAAUAGAAAGUUUCGACAGUGUCUUACGCAGCUUCUCUGUGUUCACCUCUUGAGGUUUCAGAGGAUUUUGAAAGAAAAGCCAGCAAUCAGGAAUGAAAAGCCAGUAAGGCCCAUUGUUGUGUCACAGAAGGUGAGGGACAGGCCCAAGAAGAAAGUGACAUUCAGCUCUUCCUCAGUCAUUUUCAUUAUCACCAAUGAUGAAACGCAACAGAUAGAUGACAGUUCCAAAGACAUAGGCACAAAAGGAAACAUGAUCCAAGUGAAGCCUUUAUAG